UAUUACAUAAACUGUCAAAUCAGAAAAAUUGUGCACGGUUCAGGAUCUCCAGGAUUUAAAUGGCUGGAUUAAUCAGAAACGUUGGCCUUAGAUUGGCUACCCAAGUGGCAGCCAAAAAUGGUGUUGCUGCGGCAUCAAAUGCUGGUGCUUUGCGUUUGGCCAGUACUGCGACCGAUGCUCAAUCGAACAAACCCACUAUUCGCAAACCAAAUGAGACUUCCCGAAGCCAUUUGUCCGACUUUGGUCGUUAUGUAGCUGAAUGUUUGCCCAAAUAUGUACAAAAAGUUCAACUAACCUCUGGCGAUGAGUUGGAGGUGUUGAUUGCACCAGAGGGUGUUGUACCAGUUUUGCAAUUCUUAAAGGAUCACCAUCAGGCACAAUUUGCCAAUUUGGUUGAUAUUGCUGGCAUGGAUGUACCCAGUCGCAAAUACCGUUUCGAAGUUAUUUACAAUAUUUUGUCAUUGCGUUAUAACUCUCGCAUUCGUGUCAAAACCUACACCGAUGAAUUGACUCCAUUGGACUCUUGCAACGAGGUCUUCAAAGCAGCCAAUUGGUACGAACGUGAAAUCUACGAUAUGUAUGGUGUAUUCUUUGCCAAUCACCCCGAUUUACGUCGCAUUCUUACCGACUACGGUUUCGAAGGACAUCCUCAACGUCGUGAUUUCCCAUUGUCAGGUUACGUCGAGUUGCGUUAUGAUGACGAGAAAAAACGUGUUGUAUGCGAGCCUUUGGAAUUGGCUCAAGAAUUUAGGAAAUUCGAUUUAUCUGCCCCAUGGGAACAAUUCCCUAAUUUCCGUAAAGCAUUGCCUGCAUCGGAAACAAUUGAUACUGAGAAGAAGAAGGAGUAAU